CGAUAAAGGUUUUAUUCACAGUUUUCUCCCACAUGACACAUGUAUGCGUGCGUAUUUGUUCGCUUGUACACUACUUUAUUUUGUAAAUUGUAAUGGCUUCCAAGGUUCAGCCUAAGCGUGGUGUCAAUACGAAACCCCACAGCCGAAAUGCCGUCAACCAAAGACAAAAUACUAAACCGAAGAAUCGACAAACUAAAGUUAAUUUGAUUUUUGAUGAAAAAGCCAGAAAGGAGUACCUAACAGGAUUUAGGAAAAGAAAAGCUGAGAGAAGGAAGAAAUUUAAUGAGAACCUUAAAAAAGAAAUCAAGUCUGAAAGGAAGAGGCUUCAAACUGAACUCCGUGAGGAUAUUAAAAAGUCAGCUUCCAGCAGGCGUAUUCCUGAGCUACAACACCUUGUUGAUGAUGUAGCUCAUGUAUAUGAGCUCCCAGAACAUACUGUCAAAAUUGAGCCUAUUCUGGAUUCUCAAAUCAGAAGUGAAAAUCUGUUUCUUGGAAAAAAUGAAGCAUCUAAUGCAGCAUCAGAUGAAGAAAACAACAGAGAGCCUUUGGUUGAUAAAAAAAAGAAAACCAAGGAUUUGAAUCGACAGAUGAACAAGAAACUAUUGAAAACUAAGGCAUUUAAACGGCAAACACAAAUGGUCAGAGACAAGUCUAGAAAGAAGGGAAAGCAUUUAAGGAAGACAAAAUAAACAGAUUGCCAUACAUCUAAUAAUAGAUUGUGUAUGCAUCAUAUUUUGCCUCAAUCAAUUUUAAUCCUGAA